CUGAGAAGGUCGUUUCUUAUCAACGCUUUAUCAGUCACACGUCAUAGCUGAUACGACUUAAUUUAGUAUCCUAGAUGAUUACCUUUCAUAAUUAUCAGUUCACGAUUGUACCGCGAUUACAAAACAAGCCUAUGAUAGCUAGUGAACAAUAAAAAAAAGACAUUUAAAAAAAUAAUUGGACGCCAUUUUGUGACCUUUCGCGGUAUAAAGUGAAGAAGUGACGUGAGUUUAAAAAUAGAAUCGGUUGUCAAUUUUGUUUAUUCGUUUAUUUAUUUAUUAAUAGUUUUUUGUGGCCAGUGCGUUCGUUUUAUGACUAAUGAGUUCGUGUUAGUUAUCAAUGUGUUGCAAUUAUAAAAAAAGGAAGAAAAGAAAAGUGACAGUUUAUCAAGAUGUGUUGUGAAUUCAGUGAAAGUACUACGACUAGUACAACUAGUUCGGAAGGAUCUAGCUGGAUGGGGCGGAAUAUGACAUUGAAAGAAUGGACACGGAAUUUCUCCGGCCUCAUUUUGGGUCCCCAUAGACUGGGAUUCCUACCAAGUUACGCCACAGUGCGAUGA